AUGGAGCCUCUUACAGCUUACGCUUUAAGACGUUCAGGGUCUAAAGCAAAGGUAUUUGCAGUUUUACUGUCUAUGGUUCUAUGCACAGUAAUGCUAUUUCUUCUACAACUAAAAUUCCUAAAACCUGAAAUCAACAGCUUUUAUACCUUUGAAGUGAAAGAUGCAAAAGGAAGAACAGUUUCUCUGAAAAAGUUUAAAGGCAAAGUUACACUAGUUGUAAAUGUGGCCAGUGACUGCCAACUCACAGACAGAAAUUACUUAGCACUGCAGGAACUGCACAAGGAGUUUGGACCAUUCCACUUCAGCAUCCUUGCGUUCCCAUGCAAUCAGUUUGGAGAAUCGGAGCCCUGCCCGAGCAAGGAAGUGGUGUCUUUUGCAAGAAAUAACUAUGGAGCGACAUUCCCCAUCUUCCACGAGAUUAAGAUCCUAGGAUCUGAAGCGGACCCUGCAUUUAGAUUUCUUGUUGAUUCUUCAAAGAAGGAACCAAGGUGGAAUAUUUGGAAGUAUCUGGUCAACCCUGAGGAACAGGUUGUGAAGUCUUGGAGGCCAGAGGAACCCAUUGAAGUCAUCAGGCCUGAGAUAGCAGCUCUGGUUAGACAAAUGAUCCUAAGAAAGAAAGACGACCUAUGAACAUGGCAGUGAGUCAUUCGAAUGCAAUAAUUGGAAUAUGGACAUGUUUG